AUGUGCCCCACACUCCUCAGCCUCCUGAGUCUAGGAUUCUACGUGAGUCUGAGGAUCUGGGCAGCUGUGGGUGAAUAUGACAAGCCCUCUUUGUCAGCCUUGCCAAGCCCCGUGGUUCCCUUAGGACAGACUGUGACUCUUCGGUGUCACUCCCGUUCUCCAUUUGCAAUAUUCAGUCUGUUCAAAAAAGAUGCAACCAGUUUGACCAAGCUCCAGAAACAUCAACUCAACAACUUCACUCUUGGCCCAGUGACCAGAGAACAUGCCGGGUCCUACACAUGUUCUGGAUCCUACUGGUCUCCCUCUGUGUGGUCCACACACAGUGACCCCCUGCAGAUUGUGGUCACAGGUGUGUUCACAAAACCCUCCAUCUCAGCCCACCCAGGCCCCAUAGUACGGGCGGGAGGGAAUGUGACCAUCCGCUGUCACUCACCGCUGCUGCUGGACAAAUUUAUGCUGCACAAAAAAGGCAGCAACGGGCAUUUCCAUGGACAUGGAGAGACGUUCACGGGCGGACAUACCCCGGCUGACUUCUCCAUUGGCCCCAUGACGUUGGCGAGUGCGGGUUCCUACCAAUGCUAUGGCUCUCUCAGCCGCUCCCCCUAUGAGUGGUCAGCCCCAAGUGACCCCGUGGACAUUGUCAUCACAGGUUGGUCCAAGAAACCCUCUCUCUCAGCCCAGGGGGGCCCCAUGGAGAGCUCAGGAGAGAACGUGACCUUGCUCUGCAGCUCCGAGCACCCCUUUCACCAGUUCCAUCUGAUCAGGGAGGGGGAGAACCUUGGGCGCCUGCUCGCUGCAGGGCGGGGCACCCGCGGAGCACUCCAGGCAGAGUUCCCUCUGGGUCCUGGGACCCCAGCCCACAGCGGGGUCUACAGGUGCUACGGCUCCUUCACUCACUCUCCCUACGCGUGGUCAGACGCCAGCGACCCCCUGCUCCUGUCUGUCACAGGUUCCACUGCAAGUACUUGCACAUCACCCAUGGAUCCAGGCAGCACAGAAGAAGCAGGGCUUCCUCAAGAACGGUCCAGCGCGCUGUUCAUCAUCUUUGGGCUUGCCAUAGUCUUCACCUUUACCAGCAUCCUCCUCGCUGCUCUUGUCUGUCACUGGUGUUCUACCCAAAAUCAUCUUGACAUCAUGGAAGGAGAGCCCCAGGAAGACCAAGCAGUGAGCAAUGAAGACUCUCCAGCAGAAGAUGUGAUAUACGCUCACUUGGACCUCGGGACCCUCUCUGAGAGACUGAAUACUCCCACCCCCCUGAGCCCUUUGCACCCUUUCCCCGAACCCAGUAUCUAUGAGGCAUUCAAUGUAAAGAAAGGCCAUGCUGAGCCCUGACCUGGCCCCAGGCUGUGAGCACACAGAGUGCUACAAAUCGGAGACUCAGAUCUCUUUUUAAAGGGGCUUCUCUGUGGACACUCCUCCUCCUCCUCCAAAGCCGCCCAGCAGCUCUGAGGUGAACAGUGGAAUCCAAGAUUGCAGGAUCAUCUUCAAAAACCCCAAACCC